AUGGAUGCACUCAUAUGGAACAUCAGGUCAGUUAACACACAACAGGCCUUUGAAAGGCUAAUCAAAUUACACAGGAAGAAUCAUUAUGAAUUCAUAGGACUAAUAGAGCCUAAGCAGCAAUCAAAGAAAUUGGACAGGUACAGGAGAAGGAUUGGUUUUGCUCAGGCCAUUUCAAAUGUUUCAAAUAAAAUUUGGGUUUUUAUAGAUGAAGUCUUUGAGGUAUCUAUAGUAUACAAUAUGGUACAACAGUUGACUCUAAAAUUAUUCCAUACUGAAUCACAUGUGGAACUGACGCUCACUCUAAUAUAUGCAAAGUGUGACCACAUUGAAAGAAUAGAACUGUGGGAUUCUUUGUAUGCUAUGGCAAAUCUUGGCUUCAAAGGUAGAAUUUUUACUUGGUGGAAUGGGAGAGGUGAAGAGGAUUGCAUUUUCAAGAGGUUGGAUAGAUGCUUGGGAAAUGCUGAAUUUCAGGAAACUUUUCCUGGGAUUGAAAUAACUCACUUGUCAAAGAUAGGCUCAGAUCAUUGUCCUAUGCAAUUGAACUGUGAUAUUGAGACUCCUCCUGUGAAGAAGCCUUUUAGGUAUCUGAAUUUCUGGGUUGAGGAUGAGUCAUUUAAAGAGACAGUUAAGCAGCAUUGGAAUGCAGAUUUUGAAGCACAUCCUUUUACAAUGUUCAAUCACAAGCUGAAAAAGGUAAAGAAGGCAUUGACUGUGUGGAGUAGGGCUACAUUUGGAGAUAUUUUUCAGAAAAUUGCCAGUUUAGAAGAGGUUGUCAUGGUAUAUGAACUAGAAUUUGAAGCUAAUCCUACAUAUAUGAACAGAGAAAGAUUACAAAGAGUUCAGGUAGAUCUCUUUAGAGUAUUGGCAUUAGAAGAGAAAUACUGGAGGCAAAAAGCUGGAAUGGAAUGGUUCAAAGAUGGGGAUAGGAAUACAAAGUUCUUUCAUGCUCAAAAUACAGAAGGAAAUUGGAUUGAACGGGAAGAUGAAAUUGCAGCAGAAGCAGUUAAGUUCUAUGAAGAACAAUUCAAAGAAGCAUCAAAUACUACUGCCACCUCUUUUGAUAUCCUAAAUCAUGUUCCACCUAUGCUCAAUGAGGAACCGAAUUCAGCAUUGGUAAGACAACCAACAAAAGAUGAAGUUAAAAUGGCAGUUUUUGGAUUGAAUGGAGAUAGUGCAGGAGAGCCAGAUGGAUUCACAGGUAAAUUCUACCAGUCUUGUUGGGACAUAAUAGGUGAUGACGUGUAUGAUAUGGUAAGAGCCUUCUUCAAUGGCCAUGAUUUACCUAAAAGUGUAACACAUACUAAUUUAGUACUGUUGCCAAAGAAGAAAGAUGUGGUCACCUUUUCUGAUCUUAGACCCAUAAGCCUCAGCAAUUUCAGUAACAAGGUUGUAUCAAGAGUUAUUCAUGACAGAUUGGUGGAUUUAUUGCCUAAUUUGAUCUCUGAGGAACAAGCAGGAUUUGUCAAAGGAAGGAGCAUUGUAGAGAAUAUCUUGCUUACUCAGGAAAUUGUCACGGAUAUUAGGUUAAGAACAAAAGUUGGGCCAAAUGUAGUUAUGAAAUUGGACAUGACAAAGUCAUAUGAUAGGAUAUCUUGGCUUUUCUUAACUAAGGUGCUUAGAAAGAUGGGAUUUUCAGAAAUGUUUAUUGGCAUGGUGUUUGGACUUGUUUCAAAUAACUGGUACUCAGUUCUUAUAAAUGGGCAAGCACAUGGUUUCUUCAAAUCAUCAAGAGGAGUCAAGCAAGGAGAUCCUUUAUCCCCUACCCUAUUUAUCUUAGCAGCAGAAGUUCUUUCAAGGAGUCUAAAUGCUUUGCAUCAGAAUCAGCUCUUCUGUGGAUAUGGAAUGCCUAAAUGGAGUCCAAAAAUUAAUCAUCUAGCAUAUGCUGAUGAUACAAUAAUAUUCUCCUCAUCUGAUGCUAUUUCCCUGCAAUUAAUCAUGGAGUUAUUGGCUGCAUAUGAGGCUGCAUCAGGUCAACUAGUAAACAAGUCCAAAUCUGCAGUAUAUCUACAUCAUCUAUGUGACUUGGAGGACUUUGAAAAAGUGGAAAGGAUUACUGGAAUUAAAAAGCAGGACUUUCCUAUUAUGUAUCUAGGAUGUCCUAUUUUCUAUUCUAGAAGAAAGCUGGAUUAUUAUCAAGGGUUGAUCACAAAGAUAAUGGACAAGCUGCAAUCAUGGAAAGGGAAGUUAUUGUCUAUUGGGGGCAGGGCUGUGUUGAUAUCUCAUGUGUUGCAGAGUAUCCCAAUGCAUCUUUUGUCAGCUGUGAAUCCUCCUAACUUUGUGAUUAAUAGACUGCACAAAAUAUUUGCUCAGUUCUUCUGGAGCAGCUCUAUAGGAGGUACUAGCAGACACUGGGCAUCUUGGAACACUUUAUGCAUGCCAGUUGAAGAGGGAGGGAUUGGAUUCAGAUCCCUUCAUGAUGUGUCCAGGGCAUUAUUUUCUAAAUUAUGGUGGAACUACAGAACAAGGCCAAGCUUGUGGAGUUCAUUCAUGAGCCAAAAAUAUUGCAAGAAACUUAACUCGGUUAUAGUACCAUGGAGAGAAGGAUCACACAUAUGGAGAAAAAUGAUUGAAUGCAGGGAGAUGAUUGAACAUCAGAUAGCUUGGCACCCAAAAAUGGGAUCUUCACUCUUUUGGUUUGAUAAUUGGACAGAAGGGGGAGCAUGGAAUGUGGACAGGUUAUUUGAGAUAUUACCAGAGGAUCUUGCACUGCACAUUUUGGAGAAAAUAAAACCACCUUCAGUACCAAAUGUUGUUGAUGUACCAUACUGGAUGUUAGAGCCAAGGGGUUAUUUCAGUGUGAAGUCUGCAUGGGGUUUUCUGAGGAGAAGAGAAGACCCAAAGGUUGCUUUUAAGAUGAUAUGGGUCAAGAGAUUGCCAUUCAAAAUUGCUUUUUUCAUGUGGAAAGUCUGGAAAGGAAAGCUACCUUUAGAUGACUUUAUAAGGAGGAUAGGAUAUUUGUUGGCAUCCAAAUGUUGGUGCUGCACAGAUCCAAAAGAAGAAACAAUGCAGCACCUGUUCUUUCAAUCAGAUACAGCAAGAUUUGUCUGGAGAUAUUUUCUUUCAGGAGCUGGAAUCAGACAUCAGGGCUUAACAUUACAUCAAGCAAUCACUAAAUGCUGGACUAUAGAAGUAUGUCACAGACUAAAACCUAUCAUGCAAGCACUACCAUCUUGCAUUGUAUGGGAGUUGUGGAAAAGAAGGAAUAGUAUGAAAUAUGGAGAUACAGUAUCUACAGGCAGAGUGAUAUAUCAAAUAUCAUCCAAUUUACAGGCUCUAGUAAAGGUGAGAAAACCAGGAAUUGAGAAUGUCCCACAUAGAUGGCAUGACCUUUUAGCUAUGAUGGAAAACUUCAUUCCUAAGUUGAAGGUGACUAAAGUGCAAUGGGAAUUUCCAAGUGCAGGAGGGUUGAAGGUGAACACUGAUGGUGCAUCAAGGGGAAACCUAGGGAGAAGUGCAAUAGGGUACUGUAUUAGAGAUGAUCAAGGGGAUAUUGUGCUGGAAGUAGGGAAACAAAUACAUGAGACUACAAAUACUGUAGCAGAGGCAGUGGCAAUAGUAGAAGCACUGCAAUUUUGCAGAUCACAGCAUAUGACACAAGUGUGCAUCCAAACUGACUCAAUGCUAAUGAAGAAAACCAUUACUGGGGAAUGGAAACCUCCUUGGUCUAUAGCAGAGGAAGUAGAAGAAAUUAAUCAGCUGAUGGAGGGGACUAAUUAUGAGGUUUCUCACAUUUUCAGAGAGGGUAAUAAACUGGCUGAUCACCUGGCUAAUUAUGCACUUGAUUCCGGGGAUAUUGAAUGCCAUGAGUUUGGGGAACUUGAUUCAUUGGGCAGGAGAAUAGUCAAUGAAGACAAGAUGCAAUGUCCACACCUAAGGGUACAGGCAAAGCAGAAAUCACAGAAGAAACAAAAAAUAAAUCAGAAAGAGGAAGAGAAGACUGUUACUCUUAAAACAUUUUACAAAAUCCACUCGCAUAGUCAAGGAAAUCUGAGAAGCAUUUCAGCAAUUUUGUCCGGAACACCAACAUGCACCACAAGGAAAGCUAAGCAGGGAAGGUUCUUGAGCAGUACAUCCACUCUUAGAGCUGGACACUCUUCGAUAUCUCUAACUAGAUGCGGUAGGCAAGAUUUAGCUGGAAUAUUUGCAGGUAAAAAUCAAUUCCAAUCAGCAGCAGCAGGAAAUCGAGAUGCAACAAAUAGGAAGAUAAACAAGAGGAUAGAAAACAGUUGA